GAGAGAGAGAAGGGAGAGAGUCAUAAGAGACUCAUAGAGAAAGUAAGAGAGAGAGACAGGCGUGAUGAGGACUUACGAGAAGGUUCUACUGUUGGUCUCUCUCCUAACUGCUCUGGCCCAAUGAUACUUGCAGUCCUUUUCCUAAUGUCUCUGUUGACGGCCCAGAGGUGGUGUGGAGCAUGGGGGAGCCUGGGGAGGUGAUGGUUCCAGGCUCUCCAUCUAACAUCAGUAAGAACGACAAGGGGCUGGCGAAGGCCGUGCUGGUGGCCACCUACUUCUUCAACAACCAGUCUAACGACGCCUAUCUGUUCAGGACCUCCGAGGUGGAAAAGGCCCAGAGACAGAUCGUGAAGGGGAUCCGCUACAUCUUGGAGGUCCGAAUCUCCAGAACCGUGUGUCUGAAACGCCUGGGCCGGGACCUGUUGGACUGCGAACUCCAGCCAGAGGGACGUCUUCACCAGAUGUUCCGGUGUCACUUUGUGGUCCUGUCCCUGCCCUGGCUCGACAUGAUGACCACCACCUCCAUCCGCUGCCAGCACUGAGGAGUACGCCUUGCAAGCCCCACAUUUUCUAGCGCCACAUUCAAUUCUUAGCAGCUAAAUUCUUAGCAACUAAUUCUGCUGCUAGCAUCGUCAAAUAAUGUGCUUAAUCCCUGCUGUACAUAGAAAUAAAAAACAUAGAGGUCCAUUCUUAAUUAAA